CAACUACUACGAGCAGUACAAUGGAUUCUCACUCGACUACAAUUCCAACCUUUGUACUCUUUAUCAUUGUUUUUGCGUUUUCAUUUGCUUGUGCCUACGAUCCAAGUCCUGUUCAAGACUUCUGUGUUGCAAAUCCAAAAGCUAAUGUUUUUGUGAAUGGGAUGGCAUGCAAAGACCCAAAGCUUGUAACAGUGAAUGAUUUCUCCACGUCGGGUCUGGAUAAGGCGUUGAAACAGGAGCCAUCGAUUUCAGGUGCAAUGUAUAGCCGCGCCAGUGUCGCAGAAAUACCUGGGCUCAACACUCUCGGGCUCACAAUGAUCCGUAACGAGUUCCAGCCAGGGAUCGUCACCCAACCCCACACCCACCCUCGAGCCACAGAGAUGGUCUUUCUCUUACAAGGGAAUAUGUACUUUGGAUUUGUGGCCGUUGACCCAAGUGAUCCCACCAAAAACCGUAUAUAUGCAAAGGAAUACAAAACCGGAGAUGUAUUUGUGAUACCCCAAGGCCUUGUUCAUUUUGGUCAAAAUAUUGGUAAUGAUACAGCAAUUACCAUUACAGUUUGGAACAGCCAAAAUCCAGGUUUCAACUAUGUGCCACAACAGCUCUUUGGAAAUGACACAGCAAUCCCUGAUGAUUUAUUGGCCAAGUCUUUCCGAGUGGAUAAUGAUCUUGAUGUUAAAGUAAUUACACAAAUUAAGUCACAUUUCUGAUCUCUUGUUCAUGGAAAGAACAACCGAUCUUCAGCUAAAUGAUCUUCAACAGUUUCGUAUACUAUAUAAGCACGGCCAUAUCAUGUGUUUUUUGUAAUUCUCAUUCAACUUUAAUUUCAGUCUUAUUAAUUAAUGCACUCUUUCAGUUUUAUUAAUACCUUGUACUCUGGUUGUUUCAAAAAUUAUAAGGUCAUAUAAUGUUCA